AUGUUCUACAACUGGUCCUACACCAAUCGAUUGGCCGGACGACCAACGGAACGUGUGAGUGGGAUUUAUUCUCGACUGGAGAAGGAGGGCUGUUUUCAUUUAUUCCGAAAUGGCUGGGAGGUAUUGCUUUUCUUUGAAAAUUUUUCUGAUUUUCAUCUCAAAGGCUUCACGGUACGUGGUAAAGAUGCCGAAAAAUUUUUGGAUUAUAUUUUGACGAAUAAAUCUCCUCCACCUGGUGGGGUUUCGUCUGCGCUUAUGCUAACGAGAAAAGGAAAUAUUUUUUCGCCAGUGGAGCUAUUCCAUCAUGACCAGUUCAGAUCGGAAUAUCUACUGAUAUCGGAUCCGGAACGAGAAUCGCGUGAUAUCAACUGGAUGAAAAGAGCGGCUUCUGAAUUGCAAGCAAAUGUAGAAAUAUCCGGCGUAAGCGAGUAUCUGGCUUCACUUGCAAUCGUCGGUCCAAAAAGUCGUGCAGUAUUAGAAGAACUCACGAAAUCGGAUUUGGGAUUCGAUCAGAGUGCUGCGAAAUUGAUGAGGCUCGAUGCUGUACCAGUUCUUGCUGUUCGUACCACCUCUUCCACU